AUGGUGAAAACGGAUGAUGAGAUAUUCUCAGCUUUGCAGGAGUAUUCUGCGUGUGAUUUAUCAGAUGCACUGCUGAAGCUCGAGAAAGUCCCAAAGGGUGCUAUCAAAUAUGCCGGAUUUAUAGCUGAUGUCGAGCCGUUUUCGCCUUCUAGGGAUGCUGAGAACCUGCCAAAGAUAAUCGGUUAUGCAUCUACGAUCAAGUUUGUAUCCAAGGAUGAUCCAUUACCUGCAUAUUCCGAAAAUGAGACACAUGGGUUUCCCCCUGGAACACACUGGGUAGACAAUACAGAUCCAAAUACCAUUGUACUGCUUGAUCAGCCACCCGGUCAGAAAUGCGCUAUUCUAGGCGGAAUUAUGGCAUCACGGAUGAAGGUCAGGGGUGCAAAAGGAGCGAUGGUUAAUGGCCGGGUGAGGGAUCUUGCUGAGCUGCGAAGUCUAGGCUUUCCAGUAUGGGCUAGGGGAACCUCGACAGUGGGAACCGGUGCAGAGGCCAAAGCUGCGUUUCGGAAUGUGCCUAUUUGCAUUGAUGGAGUAACCGUUAACCCAGGCGACAUACUCUUCUGCGACCCUCUUGAAGGUGUUGUAGUCAUACCAAGCGGGUUGGUCGGUGAUGUCUUGGAGCUGAUGUCCAAUCUCGUUCCUGCAGACGACAAGGUAAAAGCAGAUGUGUUGAAUGGAUCGACUGUUUUUGAAGCCUUCAAGAAGCAUAGAGGCAGUUAA